AUGCGUGACGGGAAAAAGACUGUUCUGGUCAUUAAUGGCCCAAACCUCAAUCUCUUAGGGACUCGUGAGCCCGAAAUCUACGGACACGAGACACUAGCAGAUGUAGAGGCAGCCGGAAAAAAGCAAGGCAAUGAGCAAAAUGCCACUGUGGACUUUUUCCAGAGUAACUGGGAGGGCGCGAUUGUUGACCGAAUCCAAGAGGCCCGAGCAGAUGGAACGGAUGGGAUUGUCCUGAAUCCUGGCGGAUUUACCCACACCUCUGUUGCGAUCCGGGAUGCUUUGCUUGGUGUCUCUAUUCCCUUUAUUGAGUUGCAUGUGUCGAACAUUCAUGCUAGAGAGGAAUGGAGACAUCACUCUUACUUCCAGGACAAGGCUAAAGCGAUCAUUGCUGGAUGUGGUGUGCAGGGAUAUGAGUAUGCGAUUGAUCAUGUUAUAAAGAAAUUUCCGGUGAAAGAGUAG